AUGUCGUUCCCAGAGGUUUCCUCCUGGCUGCGGGAGGAGCUGCAGCGCCGUGUGGGGGCUGCUACGCGCUCCCUCGUGGCUGCGGUUCAAGCUGCAGCAGAUGGUGCACCGAACUCUCACCAGCUGUCUCUGACACUCCAGAAGGAGCUGCACUUUCCGCGGCAGGACGCCGACGAACUUGCCCCCGAGCUGCUUCGCCGUAUGGCCGCAGCAGAGGCAGCAGCAACAGAAGCAGCAUCAAGAGCAGUUGCCGCCGAAGAGGUCGCAGAUAAAGCUGCACGUGAAAGCAGGAAGAGGCUCAGGGAUGAGGAGACAAAUGGUCCUUUGGAUAUCAUCGGCAUUUGCGAGCUUAUUCGCUGCCAGAGGGAUGAGGACUCGGACGCCACAGAAGCAGCAGCGUUUGCAGCGCGCUUGCGCGCGCGAGAUGCUGCGUCGCAAAAAAAGGUGGGCGCUGCAGCAGCGCGCCAGCAGCAGUUACAGCGGGAAGCCGAGGAGGCAGCAGCUGCAGCUGCAGCAGCAGAAGAACCUGCAAAGGAGCUGCGAACGGUAGAAGACGUGCUACUCGAGGCUAAGAAGCGGCCCAACGAAAAGCUGAAGGACAAUGAGGCAUACAUGCAGCGGUUGCGAGAGGAAGCCCGUCGCGCGUACCUCAAGAAGCGAGAGGGAGACCAGGUGCUACUGCAGGAGAGGAAAGUCCAGGAUAGGGAGUGGCUGUAUAGCCAGGUUGGAGAUAAGCUGACUGCUGAAGAGCGCCGAGCUCUUGAGCUGCGGAAGGAGACUCUCCAACUGGCAAAGACAGCCAUUCAGGAGAGACAGGGCCGCGAGGAAAUCGAGGGAUACAUCAUGCCGGAGGCGUACGACGAAGACCUCCAGGCGCGCCUGCGCGUGAUGCACCAGCCCUAUCAAGAGCCUAAGCAGCAGCUUUCGGAACAGCAGCUGUUGGAGAAGCAAAAGACUCAGGCUGCCCUGGUCCGCUUCGGGGCCAAAGAAGGCAGAGAGCAGGCCCCUGCCUACAAGCUCGUCGACGAGGCUGGAGCAGCGAUUGAAUUCGAAGCCAGAGAGAUGCAUGGGACCCAAAUGCCUGAGACGGAUGCCAACGUCCAGAAGGUCGUUCAAGCUCCAGAGACGGCCCCCAAAACCAAGGGUCAGAGCUUGCAGGAGCAGCGUCGCUUGCUGCCUGUGUACGCUUACCGAGAGGAGUUUCUACGGGCAGUUGCGAAGUAUCCCGUGCUCGUGGUUGUGGGAGAGACUGGAUCGGGAAAGACGACUCAACUACCCCAGUUCUUGCGGGAGGUUGGGUAUGCCAAGGCAGGGGUUGUAGGCUGUACACAGCCGCGGCGCAUUGCAGCCAUGUCCGUAGCAGCGCGAGUUGCCCAAGAAGUCGGCUGCCGCCUAGGCCUGGAGGUGGGGUAUUCGAUCCGCUUUGAGGACUGCACUAGCGACAAGACGGAGCUGAAGUAUAUGACGGAUGGGAUGCUUCUGCGAGAGUUUCUCACGGAGCCUGACCUUCAAUCUUAUUCUGCCCUAAUGAUAGACGAGGCCCAUGAGCGAACGUUACACACAGAUGUCCUCUUUGCGCUUGUCAAGGACCUAUCCAGGUAUCGCGAGGACUUUCGCCUAAUAAUAUCUUCGGCAACGCUGGAGGCAGAGAAAUUUUCGGUGUAUUUUGAUGAUGCACCGAUAUUUCGGAUCCCAGGAAGGCGGUUCCCAGUGCAGAUUUAUUACACGAAGAGUCCUGAGGCUAACUUCUUAGAUGCUGCAGUCGUGACCGCUCUGCAGCUACACUUCACGCAGCCUCCAGGGGACAUCCUUCUCUUUCUCCCGGGUCAGCAGGAAAUCGAUGAGGCCGUCGAGGAGAUCCAGAGGCGCUUGAAAGGCCGAGGGACGGAGGCUGCGGAGUUAAUUGUGCUACCCUUGUAUUCGUCUCUCCCAGGGGACCAACAGGCUCGGGUGUUUGAGCCGACUCCGCCAGGGGCGCGCAAGGCUGUCUUUGCCACCAACAUCGCCGAGACAUCGAUUACCCUUGAAGGAGUUGUUUACGUGGUGGAUUGCGGCUUCUGCAGAGAAAACCAAUACAGUGCCAAGACAGGUAUGGACGCGCUGGUGACCGUGCCUUGCUCAAAGGCAGCGGCGAACCAGCGGUCUGGUCGCGCAGGGCGCGUCCGUGCUGGGCAUUGUUUCCGUCUGUACACCCGAUACUCUUUCGAGAAGGAGAUGGAGGACGCAAAUGUUCCUGAGAUCCAAAGAGCCAAUCUCAGUCAUGUUGUGCUCACCCUCAAAGGCCUCGGCAUCGACGAUCUCCUCAAGUUCGACUUCAUGGACCCCCCAGCCCCAGAAGCUCUCAUAAGUGCCUUGGAGCUUCUCUAUGCUCUCGCCGCCCUUAACGAUCAGGGGGAGCUCACUAAGCUUGGUCGGCGAAUGGCUGAGUUUCCGCUAGACCCUAUGUUCAGCAAGUUCAUUGUAAACUCCGAGAAAUACGGAUGCGUUUCCGAGGCAUUGACGGUGUGCGCCAUGCUGGGCGUGGGAAACAUGCUCUUUUACCGCCCUAAGGACAAAGCCAUUCACGCAGACAACGCCAGGAAGACAUUCGCAAAGCCAGGCGGAGACCCCUUGACUCUUCUUAACGUCUAUGAGCAGUGGCUAGACACAGGCUAUUCGGUGGCUUGGUGCUACGAGAAUUUUGUGCAGCAUCGGUCAAUGCAGCGCGCUCGAGACGUGCGAGAGCAAUUGCAGGGACUUCUGGAGCGAGUUGAACUCGAGGAGAAAUCGUGCGAGGGUGCUGAUGAACCCAUCCGAAAAGCCAUCACCUCUGGCUUUUUUACCCAGGCGGCGCGGCUGAAUCGCCACGGCAGUUUCACUACGUUGAAGCAUCCGCACACGGUGGAAAUCCAUCCACACUCUUCUUUGUUUGGGCAGUAUCCACGGUUUGUGGUGUACACGGAACUCGCCCUGACAACGAAGGAGUAUAUGCGCAGUGUCUGCGAAGUCAAACCAGAAUGGCUCGCCGAAGUCGCUCCCCACUUCUACAAACAACAGGAGCUGCAAGUCGGCAAAAUGCCGAAGGCCCUUGGCAGACCCAAACAGGAUGACACGGCUAUGGGAGCAGCUACAUGA